CCCAAACGCGUUACCCCCAGAUCGUGCCUGAUCUAGUCACGUAAACUCGCGACGCGACGCGUCUGCUUUAAAACAGCUGGAGCCCGCUCUCUUUCUUCCUAUGCCAUGAACUCUCACCAGGCGCUGCCAAUUCAGGACGAAAACCGUGUAAAGGGUCCGCUGAAGCCCAUUACCAAGGCCACUGCUCGGCCUUUACGAGCUGCUCUUGUCGACGUUUCCAAUGUUGCCAAGCACCCCGACGGCCGGUCGAGUACGGCAGGUAAAGACAAACUAGGAGAACUUGGAGCUCCGUCUCGUAAACGAGCACUCCGGGAAUUGGACCCACACGAUGUUUCCCGACCCUCCAAGGGCGGCGUUCAGCAAGAAACGAGAAGUCGUUCUCGCGAAGGACGCGAUAUGAAAGAGCUGAAAGGCCGUGUUGAUGACUUUGGCCAGGAAGUCCACCCAAAACGAACCAAGCUGUCUGAAGAGGCAGACGAGGUUGCCCUGAGCAAGGAGAAUGCUCGUUUCGGUAAAAGUUCGGCCAAUUUCCCUGAUGUUGCCUCGAACCCGCUUAUGGUGGACGAGUAUACACACGAAAUCUUCUCGUAUGCUCUUCGGCUUGAGGAACGCUGCCGUCCAAAGGCAAACUACAUGGACGGACAGCGCGAAUUGACGUGGAAAAUGCGUGGUAUCUUGAACGACUGGCUCAUUGAAAUCCACGGUAGUUUUUGUCUUACACCCGAGACCUUAUUUAUGGCGGUCAACAUUGUUGAUCGCUUCCUGUCGCUGAGAGCAUGCUCUCUGUCUCGACUGCAACUCGUUGGAAUCACCGCGUUGUUUAUUGCGAGUAAAUACGAAGAAGUGAUGUGUCCUUCUAUUCAAAAUUUUGUCUACAUGACAAACGGCGGAUAUACCCAGGAAGAAAUGCUUGAAGCCGAACGCUACAUUCUGCGCACCCUCGACUACGACUUGUCGUUUCCUAGCCCCUACAACUUUCUCCGUCGCAUCUCCAAAGCCGACAGCUUUGACUACCAGACGCGUACACUGGGCAAGUACCUGUUAGAGGUGUACAUGUUUGAGCCUUCGCUUCUGCGUUACCGCCUGUCUGAGGUAGCUGCUGCUGCGAUGUACCUUGCCCGUCGUCUGUUGCGUCGUGGACCUUGGUCGUCUGAGCUUGUGGAUUGUUCCUGUGGCUAUGAAGAGGCUCGUCUGAAACCCAUUGCAUACAUUAUGCUUCAGUACCACAGCCGCGGCAUUGAGCACAAGGCUUUCUUCCGCAAGUACGCGAACAAGCGAUACCUCAAGGCAAGCAUCUUUGUCCAUCAGCUUGUCCGCAAUCGCUACUCGCCUUCUCACAAUGUUGACGAUGAGGCCAAUUCGGAGCCAUCCUCUUCGUUAGCUUGAACGGAUGAACCUAUGACCAUAAAGGAAAGUCGUCGUGCGUCUGAAUUUGCAGGAAAUCGUCUUGCAGUAACUAUGCACUGCUAGCAUGAACCAGUGUGUCCGCGAGUGAGUUCCUCUUUAUUGCAUUUCUUACCACUUUCUCCCUCUCUCUCUCUCCCUCCCUCUUUCUCCCUCUUCGCCCGUCCCCUCUCUCUUUGCCCUCAAAAACGUUUGUCCGACAGCGUUGAUGUAUUUCUUUUCUUCUUCCGUUUUCCAAUUGCCUUGUCUUUUCCCAUCUUCUCAUCGUUAUCCACACACACACCGUUAUCCUUACCGUCAUUUCUUCCACAACAUUCUCAUAUUCAUUUUAUUCAGUAUCGCUCGGCGGACGAAACCUUUGCAAUUCCCAGACGCUUAAUUCUGCUGUUCACACACGCUUUUCUAAUCGGAUUCAUUUCUUUCGCCGUGAUGAAAUCCACUCUUCUGUAAGACUUGCUAAUGUAACGCAAACGACCGUGUACCAUCUUUCUCGUAGGUUUGGUGUACCUACUCAGCAUCUCGUUUCUUCCCUUUUACUUUCGUAUUCCUUUGACAAACCUCUCUUAAAAAGACGUAUUUUUUACUUAUAAUAAAUUCUCAUUUCUGCAGCUAAUAGAAAAACAAUAUCCCGUAU